UCCAGGAUACUUUUGACGCUUUAAACCCACUUAAUUCAAGGAAAUCACCAGGACUGGACGGCAUAAGUGUAAAACUAUUAAAAGAUACAAGCGAUGUUAUCGCGCAACCAUUAGCCAACAUCUUUAAUCUAUCUCUUCAGACUACAAUUUUUCCGGACGAGUGGAAAAUCGCCAAGGUAUCACCAGUCUUUAAAGAAGGGAAUAAAACUGAUUGCGGAAAUUAUAGACCAAUCUCUGUAAUUUCUGUGGUUGCUAAGCUGUUUGAAGGGCUAGUGUACAAUCAAUUGAGAACGUUUAUUGCCGACAAUAGCAUUCUUGUAGAGCAACAGUCCGGUUUUCGUUCACAACACUCUACUGAGACGGCACUCUUAGGUUCGACAAAUGAGUGGUUAUAUAACAUGGACUGUGGCUUAAUCAAUGGAGUCCUGUUCUUGGACUUGAAAAAAGCUUUUGACACUGUCGACCAUGAAAUCUUAUUAAAGAAACUUCACCUAUACGGCAUAAAAGGAACUACUUACGCAUGGUUUGAAUCUUACAUCCAAAAUAGAAAAUCGAUUUGUUUAAUGAAUGGGAAAAAAUCACAUGCUAGAGAAAUUAG